CAACAAUUUGUCUAGUGUUUGGGGAGAGCACUCCUUCUGGGUGUCUUCGUGAAUGAAUGGUGGCUGGCCACCUACCCAGGGGAAAGCAAAGACUCAAACACUGCCAAAGUCCAAAGCCCACUGAAGAUAAAUAUAAUUUCUACAGAUUAAUCUGUUUCAUACUGUGUGAACAGAGCCAACAUGUACAAGUUGGACCUGCCCCUUGACCCCAAGGAGAUUGCAGCCAUCGAGCGGAGGAGAAACGCAGAGGCCCAGCGCCAGAGCCGCAUUUUCAAUGCCAGGCAGAGGACCAUCGGGGUGGACACCCCGUUCCUGGAUCAGCAAGUACUGGAUAAGGCGGCAAGAGAGGACAGGGAACGUCUGCGGGACAAAGCUUUUGAUGCAGACAGCCUCCGCUAUGACAAGACGGCCCAGCUCCUUGAGACACAGGAACAGGAGAGAGUCCGCCAGCUGAACCAGGAGGUGAAAGAAUUCUGGACCCGGUACCAGAGGCCAGAGGACCAGCGGGAGUUCGACCUGUGGGACCCAGAGCAGCUGAAGAAGGACAAGCCGGCUCGGGUCAGUGAUGAUGACCCCCGCUGCGGACCCUCCAGUUUGCAGAAGUUUGAGGGCGAGGACCUAAACGAGAGGGCGCGCAAGAAGCUGCAGCAGCAGGAGGCACGCAAGUGGCUGACAGCACAGAAACUGGAGAAGCAGAGGCAGGAGCGUGACCAGAAGUUCGCAGAUGACCUGUACCACAAGAAGGAGAUGGAGCUCGACCGGAGAGCCACCGAUCUUGCCCAGAUGGAGGAAGAUGCACGCAGAGCCCUCGCCACCGCCACCCUCAACUACAACAUGGCUUUGGCAGCUGAGCAGGCAGCAGCGAGGGAAGCAGAGGAUCGGCGGGAGACGGACGAGAAGUUUGCAGAGAUCGGGAACCACGUGUACGGGGACGUCCUGACGGAGAAUCCCGAGGUAGCGGUCAGUGCCUUCGGCCCCCACCGUGUGGUGACCGACCGCUGGAAGGGGAUGAACCCGCAGCAGCUGGAAGAGAUCCGUCAGCAGCAGAGGCAGCAGAUAGAGGAGAAUAAGAGGCUCCGGAUGAAAGAGGCGCAGACCGACGCAGAGUGGGACCGGCAGCGGACACUGGCAGCGCAGGCAGCCAUGGCGCUGGAGCAGCAGGAAGCAGAGGAAGAAAAGAGACUGAGGCAGGAGCUGGACAGAUAUAACAACCAGCUGGCCAAGGAACAGCUCGCACACUUGCUCUGGUUUGCAGUCAAGUCUACCUGGAUAAGGAGAGUUACACAAACCCAGCCACUGUUCAGUACUUCCUGCAGUUUAACACAUCCAGCCGUUGAUGAGAGCACAGCUGCCAGGCUGCGGGCAGCGGAGACGCCGUUACAGGAUCUUGGCGCUGGGUGGCACGACCAGCUGACCCUUUGAACGUUUGUGAACUGCAGGUGGGACACUAGCAGUUUGUUUCUCCGUGUUACCCCAGCAACCUGCAGGACACGGGCGAACGUUACUGGCGGCUGGGGAGAUUGGACUUACCCACCAGCCGCAGAGACCAACGCCGUCGCGAAGCCGUGGUUUCUUUUCUCUUUUGCGUGCCAGAAUAAAACAAACGUGAAAACGCCCUCCAACGUACCUGUCGCUGUUUAAUCAGGGAAGCACACAGUGAUCGACCCGCGAUAGUCUGGUCAGGUUCAUGGUUUGCUGACAGAAUUUAAUGCUCAGACAUCUGCGAGGCAGCAGGGGGUCAGCACAGAUCGCGGCACCCACCCCCAACCCUCCAUCCCUGCGUACUGAUUACAAUGUAUUUUUACACUGGAAUCAAAGAGAACUGCGGGUUGGAAGCAAGGAUGGAAAUUCCUGGAGGAACUCAGGUGGUCUGUGGCGACAGGAGAAAGCACAGUUAACAUUUCAGCUCUUUCUCCGAACUCUGCCCUGUUUCCACCGAUGCUGCCGCGCCUCCCCAGUUCCUCCAGCAAUUUCUCUACCAAAGCAGGGAUCAGCUAGUUAGAUACGACUGACCAUCCCCCACCCCGCCCCCCCGCCAACCCGCAAAUGCUCAAAGUGUGGAAAAAGCAGUACCAGCCACACUGUGGGGGGCGGGGGACAAUCACAUUGACCCACACCACUGUGUGUGCACACAUCCACACAGUCAAAUAGCGGACGGGUACGGGGUUCCCUGUUACCAUCCUGCGCAGGGAUGGGGAAGGGGCGGGGGAUGGUGUGUCGGGUUAAUCUCAGGAUGGGUCACUCACUGAUGGAGCACUGACACCACACCGUCCCCCCCCGCCACCACCACCCAAGCCGGUGUCCAAUCCUCUCACAGAGCCCAAUCCCUCAGUGUACGCCCCUCCCCAGGGGUCUCGAGGCAAUAGGCUGGCAUAGUGUGCAGUCCGUACAACCCAACAAGGGACAGGGAGUCCUGCUUGUUAGUUUGGGGGGGGGGGGGGGGGGG